UGCUCUACUUUGUUUGCUUGUAUUUUUUAAUUCUCCAUUCAAACUCCUCUCUGUCCACUUUCUACACAUUUGGCCUUUCUACAUGGACGAGCAACAGGCCGAGGAUUGGGCACGGCUAAUGAAUGCUAACGAGGGGGUGUUUGGCAGCGUCCCACAGACGCUCGACGGCCGGGCACGCUCUACCUCUGGCUCCAAUGCCAUGCGCAGUGGGGAUAUGUCGCCCUCGCCCGUCGCACCCAAGCUCGUUUCGCAGACAAACGACUGGCCAAUGGCCGACAACUGGGCGACGCGGCUAGCAAACUGCAACGAAACAACCGAGCCCGGCAAAGUCAACGAGAGCCUCAGCGACACACUUACAUUCCUUGACAACAUUGUUGGUAAUCAUGCCGGGAAAGACAGCGCGCGGCUGCUGGCCCACUUUAGCUGGAACAUCCGUGCACGCACCUACAAGCUACUGCGGCGGCUAUCCUCACCAUGGCCACUGCUGUGUCUAAUGCGGUCGCUGACGCUGGACGAUGCGUGCCAUGAGGAGAGAGAGCAGGCAAUAAAGUUUGCGCGGUGGACAAUGCGGUCGGGCGAGGAGCUGUGGUUGGUGACGCCGGCGGCCGAUGACAAGAUGCGCAACGCGUGUCUGCAGACACUCCCACGACAUGCGGCGUUAGAUGGGCCCUGGGCAAUCUCAAUAUCAAUUGCCAGCGCCAUCUCGCACGCUCUGGACAAGGAGGAGACACGGCACGCCUUGACAGAAUCCAUGGGCAAGCAGCAGAUGCUGACUGAGCGCGCCAAACUGGCUGCCUUCAUGAUGACGCAGUUUCUAAAGUCGUGGAGCGGCCUGCAGUACUUUUUGGCUGAUGGACGCAAGGUCAUCAACGCGCUAGUAAACGCCCUGGCCAUGCUGUUCGGGCUGUCUGACGAUUUCGAUUCGGUGCAGUUCGAACAGCAGCCGAGAUUCGACCUGCCGCCAUUCGCCAUCACCGAGUCGGGAGUGCGGACUCGCCUAUUGCCUGUCGACUACCUGCGCACAAUCCUGCUGAUGCUGUUCAUAGACGAAGGGCUGGUGGAGUCACUGGUGACCGCGACAUUGGAGUCAGAGCACGCUGAAGUAGUCGAUGCUGGUGCAACGCUGCUUAAAUGGCUUGCCCAACAUCCACACAUGCCGUUACCCGAGUCGUAUGCGGCAAACGCUAUCAACAAAAGCGACGACCGGUCAGCAACAGCAAACCAGAUUAUCUGCAAGAUCGAAGGCCUUCCGAGCCAGCAGGUCGAUGCGUGGGCUGCCAGCCUGUCGUCGAGCCGGCUGCGUCGCCAGCUGGAACCGCGCAGCGCCAGUCUUGUGGCUGGCCCCAAGGGUCUGGCGGGCAUGUCGGAUGCGCAGUCCGCCCACAGCUUGCAGCCCAGCGCCUUCCAUGAAGGCGAUGGGCAUGAACAUGAUCAAGACGCUAGCGAGGGCCCGCAGCAGUACUUUGGCAAUGUCUCGCAUGCCUCCGCCCUCAGCUCCCCAUUCAUUCCUUUUGAAGCGCUGCAUGCCCAACAGCCAGACGACUUGACAAUCACCACAUCAUACGCCAGCUCCAAUGCCCAGGCACUGCCUGUGCCGGGCAUGGCCAGUGGCACCGGCAGCGUGCCCCAAACCCCACAAACCCCUACGGCAGCUGUGCAGACGCCGAUGACGCCGCUACCGCCGAUGUUGGCCCGCACGCGCACGAAGUCUCGCAGCCGCAGCACACGGCCCAGCCUUGGUGUCGCUGAUGAAUCGAUGGUCAUGGCGUGGGUCCAGGAAUCUCGCGUCACGGUUGAGGAUAACCCGAUGCGGUGGGACUGGGCCGCCGUGCGUCUGCUGAUCAACGCCCCGCUGGCCGGCGCACGGCGCACGCAAGAGACGCUGCGUGUUUCUGGCUUCCUCCCGCGGCUCGCGCGGUUCUUCCAUCCAGCAGCGCUCGAGUUUUGCGAGCUGAGUCGGACCGCCGACAACGAAGAGUAUCUGGAGAUCGGCAAGCAGCUUAUUCGCAUUCUGAUCUCGUCGGCCGACGGCCUAUUGCUGAUUGACGAGAGCCGGCUCUUGUCUGGAAUCGUCGACGAGAUCCGUAAGCAAAACAGCAAUGCACGCAAACUUGCUCGCGAUGAGUCGUGCUUUUCGUUCGCCAAGCUGCAGAUGACGAUGGCGCCUGGGUACUUUCACUUUUUGAGCGAGAUCGACCACAGCGUCGGCGGUGACACGCUGCUGGAACGCAAUCGCCUGUUUGACGCCUACUACCAGAUCGUCGAGCUGCCAGACCAGGUCCUACUGAUCCAGUAUAUCCUUAGCAGCAUGGACUACACGAGCGCCGGCCAUGCCCGCAACAUUCUGUGCAAGGUUGCUGCGUCGCCACAUGAAUCGCUUCGCCAGCUUGUGCCCAGCUUUUUGCUGUUCCUGGCGUGCGAUGCGCCAUGCAAGGCUGGCUCAGUCACAGGCUGGGCGAUUGAGGUGCUGGUCCAGCUUCUGUUUGACUCAUCGCCGAUGGUUCGUAGCGGUGCUGCCCAGUGUCUUGUCCUGACCAUCGACCUGGCCCGCGAGAACCCGCACCUGGACGGCGGCGAGUGCGACCGCCGGAUUGCCUACCUGCUCGACAUGCACCCAAUGUUCGAUUUGGCCAUAAUCAACGACAUCCGGCCAUUGGUCAUGCGUGUUCUGGCCACCGAACCUGGGUUCGCGUACCUGCAUUCCCUUGGUAUCGUUGACGGCGAAAUGGAGGCGUGGGGAGCCCUGGAAGGAAUCCUGUACGUGCAAGCAAUUGAGCUCGACAUCUCACGUUCCCUGGCUUACGGCCCGCUGUUCUCAGGCACCCCUGACGGGAUGAUGCUGAUGACCACCAGCUCGCAGACGCCGGCCACGCCCGCGCACUUUUUUGGCGAGCUAGCGCGCACACAGGGCGGUCGUGACUUCUUAAACAACCACGGUCUGCCAGGGCUGCUGUUUGAGACGCUGAGCAAUAUCCCGAUAAACUCGGAGCUGGCUGACGACAUUGUGGCACUAAAGGCCACACUGUGGGCAAUUGGGUCUGUGGGCGCGUCGCAGGCCGGAUAUCUGAUGCUGGAAAAACACGAUGUCAUUGGGCGUCUGGCACAAAUCGCCGCCCAGGCCACAUCAAUCGCUACUAAAGGCACAGUGCUCUACGCGCUGGCGCUCUUGUCGCGCAGCCGGUUUGCUGCCGAGGCCUUCCGCGAGCGCGGCUGGCUGCUGUGCAGUUCAUGCUAUGGCACGUAUGAGUUUGCAGUGCCACGCCGGCUCGAGACUAUUCUGAACGCACAGGGCUGGGCUACAGGAGGCAUCAUGCAGGGCACGUAUGCGUUCACCACUGACGACAUACCGCACGGGGGCGACGAGGAGCUGGACUCGGUGCAGCGCGAGAUCAUCACUGCCGUUAUCCUGAUGUCAAACCACGUCAAAGUCAACAACGGAUCAAGAACUCUGAUGCGCCUGCGUACAUCUCAUCCACACUACUUUCGGCUCAUCAACUUGUAUCGCCGCGCGAUGAAGCUGCUUGGCAAGUACCGGUACAGAAUGACUGCGCCGCUGAUUCUGGAUGAGCCAGCGACUGCUGAGCAAAGCCGUGCGUCAACGCUGCAGGAGCACUCGGCGCUGGCCGCUUCAGGUACUGUGUUUCCGCGGCGUCGGAUGAGCGGUCUCAUCGACGAUGUGAGAGCGGCUCAGCGUGGCAGCGGUGCGCGCAAGGCAUCGCUGCACCAGCCUAGAUUCAAUUGAAUAUACAACAUUUGAUAUGUCGCCAUGGC